AUGGAAACCAGUUUAGUUAGACCGGACAGUCCGACGCAAAAAACCUACAACAACAUCCACCUGAAACUGCCCCAACUUACUAAUCACCCAUCAAUCAAAUCAAAACAGAGAAAAAUAUCACUGAAGCGACUGCAAACAGGAGACUUUGGAUUCAGCCUCAGAAAAGGUUUAACAGUUGAAAGAGGAGCGAAUCCAGAUGGUUCUGAUCUCUGGAAAACUAUAAUUUUUGCAGAGUCAAGUACAAAAAAUAUCAUAGAAACCGUCUUCAAACCUGGAGAUCAAAUAAUCGAAAUCAACAACAAAAAUGUGGAAAAUUGGAACAGAGAUGCCAUCAUCGAUAUUCUAAAAAAAUCUGCCGACGAGGUAAUCAUUACCGUCAGGACUCUGCCUGAAUUUAGUGAUUUCAUCGAGCAGAUGACCAAUUAUGCUAAUGAGGAUGAGAAAUCAUCUUUGUCAGCCGCCACACCAACUACAACUACAAACAGCCUGUCGUCGUCACAUCAACAACAACUACAACAACAACAACGUCAACAACAACAGCAACAACUCUGGUUGAUACAUAAGAAGGGUUUUUCUGCCUGCUACCAAGCAGACGAUCAUGGCUCUGCCAAUUCGGCAGACGGUAAAGUUAAUGUCAAGGUCGAAUCGGGCCAGAUCCUUGAGGUCAAUGAAGAUGACCUUGAGAAGGCCAACCCAGCCCAGUACGACUGCAUAGAAGACCUCACAGCCCUCCGUUAUGUCAACGAGACCAGCGUAAUGCACGUUCUACGUCAGAGGUUCCUCACGAACCUCGUCUGCACGUAUGCCGGCUACACCACACUGGCUGUCAACUCGUUGAAACCGUUGUCUAUUUAUUCCGAUAAGGUCAAGGAGAUAUUCCGGACAAACCUGACAGAGGAUACGCCCCCCCACGUUUACUCAAUAGCUCAGUCCACUUUUAAAUCGAUGAUGACGUCACGCAAGGAUCAUUCCGUCGUCGCGCUUGGCGAUUCCGGAAGCGGAAAGUCAUUCCAGUUGGAUAAUAUCCUGAAUUAUUAUGUUGCCACAUGUGGGACUGUCAACUCCAUAUUAAAUGGUGAUCAUCAUCGUUGUUAUUUGUAG